UGCAAGAAAAAAAGAGUUCUGAUUCUGAACUUACUGGUAUUAUCUAACCAGUAUAAAUAGAAGUGUACUCAGAGAAGGCACAGGAUGGAAAACUCAUGAUGAAUUGUUAGGGCAUGUUGAGUUGGUUCUGUCAAUGCCUGCAGUCAGAUGAUUUCACUGGCUGUACAAGAUGAAAUCUCAUAUUUCAAUGUAUAAGUAAAAGUGUCAAAGUUCAGCUGAAGCAGGGACAAAUACAGAACAAUUUUUGUGUGUAUUUGUAACUAGGGCACCAGAGCAAUAGAGGAAGCCAAAAUGAGCCGGAAAAGCAAAAGGAGUUUAAAGGAGAAAUUAGCCUUGAAGAACAGCUUGGUUAAAGAAGCCCUCUCAGAAUUCCUGGGAACUUUUAUAUUGAUAGCACUUGGAUGUGGGUGUGUAGGACAGGCUGUCCUUAGCCGAGGAGCCCAUGGUGGGCCCAUGACAGUAUCAGUUGGAUUUGCAAUGGCAGUCACCAUAGCAGUGUAUGUGUCUGGGGGGGUUUCUGGUGGUCACAUAAACCCAGCCGUUUCAUUAGCCAUGUGCGUGACUGGAAGAUUAAAAUGGACCAAAUUACCAAUUUACAUAUUAGCACAGCUCCUGGGAGCAUUUGUUGGAGCAGCGGCUGUCUUUGGGAUUUAUUAUGAUGCCUUUAUGGAGUAUAGCAAUGGAAACCUUGAAGUCACAGGACCUAACGCAACAGCACAUAUCUUUGCAACAUAUCCAGCUCCGUAUCUGUCCCUCAUAAAUGGAUUUGCAGAUCAGGUGAUGUCAACAGCUGUUCUUCUUCUGGCUAUAUUUGCUAUUUUUGACACCAGAAAUAACAAGGUACCAAAGGGCCUGGAGCCAAUUGCCAUAGGACUUCUUAUAAUUGCUCUUACUUGCUCCUUGGGAAUGAACAGUGGCUGUGCCAUGAACCCGGCCAGGGAUCUAGGCCCAAGGCUCUUCACAGCCAUUGCAGGAUGGGGGAUGGAAGUAUUCACGGCUGGAAAUAAUUGGUGGUGGGUCCCUAUAGUUGCACCUAUGCUGGGAGGUGUACUUGGAGCAACGAUCUAUAUUGUUUUUAUUGAAAUUCAUCACUCGGAUACUCAGCCAGAAGAAGAAAAUGAUGUGUAUGACAAAUAUGAACUGACCAAUAUGGAGUAAGAAGUGAAGAAUUUUCUCUCUCAUUCUGUUGUGCAGUUUUUACACAAAUGAUUGUUUGGACCAUUUUAUUAAACCUGUAUGCCUCAACUGGAAAUUCACAUUUCAAAGCAGAAAAAAUCUAUACAGAAAACAAGUUCAAAACUGACCUCUUUCCAUGAAAUAUUGGGCUGAUCACAUUCAAAACUGGGAACUUGGGGGUGGAUAAAUUGUUUUUCUUUUCAUAUGGCUUUCAGAUGAAGUUGUGUCCUAGAUGAAAUUGUAGUGAGAUGAUGCACUGACCUGUUAAUUCAACACAUAUGAUCUUAAUCAUGUUGCCUAAUUAACUGAAAAUAGAUGAGAUAUUGUUACAAAACUGCAUACAUAGGUAGUUAAUUGGUUCAGUGCUGAAUUAACAUCUAAAAGCAUCACUCACUUCUUAUAGCCAUUAUUUAAGAAUGGCUUGUCUGAAAAUUGAAAACAAUACCCGAAUUGCCAAAUGUCAAUUGAAGUAGUUUUAAAUAACUCACUAAAUUUUUAUGGAACCACUAGUUGAACAGCAAGGAAUCAACUCAUCAGCGAUGAGCUUUAGUAACUCAGAAUAUGAUCACAAAAGGUAAAAACCGUGUGUUACAAGAUCAACACCAAAAAGACAAAGCUGUACUUCCACACAGGUUCUUCAUAGUAAUAAUGUUCACUUAUUUUUUAAACUAUCUACUUGACCUUUAUGCUACCCAAUAUUAAAAGCUUAACAUAGAAUAUUAUCCUGAACCUUUUCUGCUGUGCUUUCUGGAUACAAUUCAUUCCUGUGGAGAUGGGCCAGCAACAGAGGCUUAUGCUGUGCAGACAUCAGCACAAGGCCUAUGUCUAUACCAUAAAGCUUUAAAGAGGCCUUCUGCUGAUGAUCUACAUGGGGGGAUUUCAUCCGCUUCGUGGGAGUAAUUUUUAUUUUGGUAACAGUAAUUAAAUUAGAAACUGGUCUCAGACCUAGUCCUAGAUCUGAAUUCCCCAAGGAAGGCCAGCUCUGCAUCAGAGUUCUGAAGCAUGGGUUCUCUAUUACUAAAGAGAAGCAGUUGGACAUAUACCGCUUUCUAAAUAACCAGCCUUGAAAAAUGAAAUUUUUUCUGCUUAAUCAUUGUGAAUUGAAGGUAUCCAAUUAAAUCAAAGUUCAUUUCUAAUAUGUAUACACAUAUAUAUGGUUGGUGGUGGUGAUCACGAAUAAACAGACAUCCUAUUCAGUGA